AUACUGUGUUAUUUCCGUUGGAGAAUAUGGCGACGCGGGUACAGUGCACAGGUUGUGCAUAACUAAAUCCAUUUAUUGUAUGGCCAAAUUGAAUCAAUGAGAGAUUUCAGCUGUUGAGAAGUUGGCACCUUAAUGUGACAACCAUGAGUAAGGAAUUUAACCAGAAAAAAAUUCAUACAGUGGAUCCAGUUUGGAGAAGACAAGCUGAAAAACUGUGCAGUGACUUCCAGCUGGCUAAUGGAGAGAUGAUCAUCGUAGCAUACCAACCACAAAAACAACUGUUUGCAUGUUGUACUGCCAACGCAAGAGAACACAUGCUGAAAAAUUUCAAGACCUUCAAGGAAUGCUUGCAGUUUUCGCAAAAAGAAACUCCUGUUGUUAAGCAAGCUGUUGAUGUAACACAGGUUGGGAGGUGCUGUCUUUGUUUUGCAAUGUCUGGGAAAAGGGAAAUGAAAGCAUGUAAAAGAGAGGAUGCUGAGUUUGUGUUGGACAUGGAAGUACCAACAGACUCCAGGAUGUGUGUAGACUGCUUUAACAAUGUACAUAAAUAUCAUGACUUCAAGAAAAAGGUUGUUGAAAAACUGCGCCUUCAAAACCUGAAAUUGAAAGAGAACUCAUUUGGACUUGUUUUAGACAAGGAAAUGGACACAGCAGAUUCAAAGAAAACAGACCCUGGAACCAUUCCUGAAAGUCCAAAGAGCAGCAACACAGCACAAGAAACACAGAAAAUCCAUAAUACGAGGGGGAGAAAACUCACUACCUCAGCAAAGCCUGUCAGUCCAAAGAAAUUCAUCACACAAACUUCAAAAGCUAGGACUGCUCAAAGUAUUGAGAAUGUGAAUGCUGUGAAAGACCACAAAUAUGUGAAAAAAAUUCACAAAGAAGAAAUGACGUGUAGUUUUGGUAUAGAUGAUACAGAAGAACCGGAUCCCAGUGAGCAUCAGAAGAAGAAAUCGGGUACAAAACACACUACAAAGGCAAAACACAAGAAUGUUGCCAGUGCACUUCUAGCACAGUCCUUGAAACAGAUUUCUUCUCAGGAAAUUGCAACUAAGGAAAAGAAAACAGAUUCACAGCAAGGAACACUUUCAAAACGGAUUCUGACAAAGGUUCCCCCAAUUUUAUCCAAGAAACAUGCAAACAAGACGUCUGCCAAAUCAGAGACGGCUCCACUGCACAUGUCAUCAGAGAAUGUAAACCAGAUAAGAGAGACAGCUUCCAAAAGCAAGUCUCUUAAAACAGAAACGGUGUCUACAGUUGCAUUGUCAGAAAGUAUGUUCCAGUUGCAAACAAGCACAGCUUCUUCCAGUGUUGUUACACCCAUCAUUAUCUCUAGUACAGAGGCAACAAUUAUCCAAAACUCUGGAUUGUGUAAAAGUGGGACAGCACAAACUUUGACAACACCCACAUUUGUGGGCCCAGUGUCUAGUUCACGUGUGUCUCAUGGUAAAAUGGAGAAGUCGGGCAAUCAAGUCCAAACAAAGGUGGAUGGUCAGGUUGAUGCUCCUCCAAAUGUGAAUUUGAUGCUUGUUGGAACUCCCAACAGGUACUGCCUUAUUCAGCAGCCAACAGACACAAACACUGUUCAGUUAGUAGCAAAUCAGCUACCUGUCCCACAAACUAAUUUGUUGCUUACUUCAAAUCCACUGCUAGCAGGAGUGACUACAAAUUCCUCAAUGACACAAUCUGGAAUAGUUUUAAUGACUCCAAGUCAGGCUAGCUUGCAUACUCCAUAUACAUGUACCACUACAUCCACUGCAUUGAAAAGGAUUUUACCAGCAGCUCCACCAGCAACACAGAACAAAAAUCCUGACACUAGUCACACUACACAGAUAGGCACAGCUUCACAAAUGGAAACUCCUGUCGUGUCAAGUCAUGCAGAAUUGUCGUUACCCAUCUCGACACCUUCCACCACUCUGCCUAAGGUAUUUAUUCUUGCAGCACCCAACUCAAUGUCCUCUAUGCUAAAAGCAAAUAGAACUGGGUUUAUUGUUCCAGUGUCAACCACUCCAAAUUCUACAAUGACAGGAAUUACUUCAAAAGCCCCAUGUAUUGAUACAGUGACCUCCCCUGAUGAUCAUAAAACGGAGGAAAAUCCAGCAUCUCAGCUUUUGCUUUCAUUUAUCAAAAAAGAAUUGCAAACACCUGCUAUAGAAGACAAGAAGAGUAACAUUACAGAUGAUAAAGUUAGUAACAGUAAAGAAGAAGUUCGGGAUAAAAACUUGCCCGAGUCCGGAAAUACUGAAAAGCUUUUGGUUCCACCAAAACAAGAUGAAAAAUCUAAAUCAGAAACAAAAGAUUCUUUAGUGAAGAUUGGCAGUAAAGAGGAAGUUCGGGGUGAAUACUCACCCAAGUUUGGAAAAACUGAAAAGCUUCUGGUUCCACCAAAACAAAAUGAAAGAUCUCAAUCUGAAAUGAAAGGUUCUUUAAUGAAGAUUGGCAGUGCCUUGUAUCAUUUUGUUGUUAAGGAUGGACAGCAGUAUCUUGUACCAAUUUCACAACAGUUGCUUAGUGGACAGGCAAUGAUACCAGCAUCUACUUUACCACAAAGAACUGAGCUUUCGAAAGCCACAAAACUUUCCUCUUGGAAGAAAAGAAAACAUGAAGACAGAAAGGAUUUGAAUGCAGAUUCUGUGAAACAGAUUAAAAUAUCUCUAACUCCAAAUGUGAACACAAAUAUGAAAGAGGUGAAAAUGUCCAAAACUCCAAACGUGAACACAAAUAUAAUGGACACCAGUUUAGUGCCUCAUUCAGAAUCAGAAAGUGAUCCAGAAGAUGAGGAACAGGCAAAUUUAAACAAGCCAGUAACAAGAAUAAAGCAACCAAAAGAGAAAGGAUCUGGGGAUCAUGCUUAUUCAACAAACCAACCAGGUCAUACAACUAGUACAGGGACUGCAAUUGAAACUCCAGCAGAGGAACAAGAAACUAUUACCAACCCUCAAAAGGACACAGACACCGGUACAACAAAGACUUUGAUUCAUCCAGAAGAGGGAGAGCAUGAAUAUUCUACAAAUUCACAGCCUAAUCUAAAUGUCCUCCAAACACAGGUUAAUGAUCAUGGAUAUUCAGUUCUCUUGGAUGAUAUUUCAGCUGUUAGAUGCAACACUUGUUCAUUUACAAGCAUGUAUUGGAAGCCAAUGUCAGAUCAUAUGAGACAUCAUGGGGCCAAGAGGUACUGCAUCAAAUGCAAUGGCUUCUUCCCCAACAAAGUAUUCCCUAAUCACAACUGUAGUAGAAGAUCCACCUUUAGAACUAGAAAACAUAUUUGUAUGAUCUGUUCGCGAUUGGCUGACACUGUUUCUGAUUUAUCCAGACAUUAUAGAGAAAAUCAUGGUACAGAAGUAGAGAAACAAAGCCACUGCUGUUCGCUGUACAGGUCUGUCAGAUCUCAGAAUGUCUUUUCAUGUAGAGGAUGUGCUGCUGUUGAAUAUUCAGAGCAGGCCAUGCUGUUUCAUAUCAAGAAAGUUCACAUUUGUGCACUCCAAGAAAAGAAGAAUCCACAUAGUCAUCUAUUACAGAAAAGGGAUCCGACUUGUGUCUGUCCGGUGUGCUGGUUCCAUUUUCCAGAGAAAGAACAAUUAAAUUAUCACUUUCAAACAUUUCAUGUCAUCAACUACGGCAAUACUCUGGAAUGUAGUUUGUGUGAUGAGCACUUUUACUCUAGUGACGAGCUGUUUGGUCAUUAUACCACCCACAAACCGAACAUCAAGUAUCAGUGUGGAAUCUGCAUUCAGUACAAAGAACCAAUGAAAUCGCUGGAAGAAGUACACAAUCACAGAAACACAGUACAUCCAACAAACAAUUUACUGGCCUUACUGUUAUGUCCAAAACCACAAUGUCAAGAGACUUUUUUUGAAGAUAUCGAUUUGCUUUACCACAUAGUCCAACAUGAGAUAGAAAAUAAAUACAGUCAUACAUGCUCAAAAUGUGAUUUCUGUACCUCUUCAGAGGAUGUUCUGUCGAAGCAUGAAUCAAAAUUCCACUACGAACCUGAUAGAAGGUGUUAUAUAUGCACAAAGCGAUUUGAAAAACCAUCAGAGCUUGUGGAACAUAUCAAAAACCAUGAUAUGGGGCCUGAUUCAACUUCCAGUACAUUUAUAUGUGAUCGUUGUGGUGAGAUGCACACUGACAGGACAAAACACAAGAGACACAUGAGUAAGCACAGAGAAAGAGACCGUCAGCAGCCUCAGACUUGUAAGGUGUGUGGCGAAGUUUACCUCAACAACAGAAAUUUAGCCAAACAUAUGUUUAAAAGCCAUAAAGAUGUUGAACAUGAUCUGCUGCCAAGUAAAUACCCUUGUGCAUACUGCGACUACAUAAGUUUAAAUCGUUUCGAUUUCCGUCGUCACAUGUCAUCUCAUAAGAAAGUGAAACCUUUCAUGUGCAAAAUUUGUGAGAAGAGCUUUGGCAAUAAAAAAGAUCUUGGGAGGCAUGUAAAGUUUCACAAGGAAGGACGAGGAAGCAAGAAAUUCAGGUGCUUUGCAUGUCACAUUGAUAGAGAUACUACUAGAAUGAAGACUCACCUGCAUACUGAAGGCCAUAAUAUGAAUUGUAAAUUGGCAGGCAUAGAUGUCCAAGAUUACAAUGAUGACCUGUUGAAGGUGAUUCCAGGCAAAUUAGAGGCUCUAAGACUGCCUGUAAAAUCUAGAUUUGCAAUGAAUUAUUUUGACCAAUGUCGGAAAGUCCAUGAGAAGCACUGUGAGAGAGCAGCAAAUCUUAUUACUGAAGAAAAGUCCUAUACAGUUUUAACUCCAGAGGGUACUGAGAUUCAAAUUGAUAUGCCGUCGAGAAAUCCCAAGUGUGAGGAGUGUGGAUUGUUGUUUAAGACUGCUGAUAACCUAGAGGAGCACAACGAACAUGUCCGACUCCUGAAUAACGCUUCCACAAGAAACGAAUAUAUCUGCAAGGUUUGUAACAUUCAUCUGUUCGACAAAAUAGGCGUGGCCAAGCAUGUCACCUCGGAGGAGCACAUUGAAAAGUGUCGCAGUCAAGAGAUUAACCCUGAAGACAUGUUGAUGCGAUAUAACAUACCCAAAGAGACAUACUCAAAGAAGAGAAAAGACUUUUCAGUAACUGGAUAUAGAUGCAAGAUAUGUGAUGUGUUUUUCCCCACAAAGAUGAGCAAGGUUAUUCACAUUGAGAAGGAAAUUCACGUCCAGAAAUGCCGAGAGCUUGGGUUAGAUCCUGCUGGUGAUCAUUUUGAAGACUCUAGUACAGACAAAAAGAAAAAGGAGAAGUCCAAGAAAGGAAAUCAAAACGUCAUCAUGAACAGAAUUGAAAAAGCAAUGAAGAAGAAGAAACUGCAACAUGCCACCAUAGAUCUCUUGGGAGUUCAAGUGCCAAGAAAUCUUUCGUUUAGUUGUCUCGUGUGCAGUGUGAUAUUACAAAACAGGACUCAAGGCAUCGAUCAUCUCAACACACCAAUGCACAUAACAAACUGUGUCAGUAAAGGAAUUAAAUCUGCUGCUUGUAAUCUCAAAGUAAGGGCAUCUGAUGUCCCUGGUGUGGUUGGCAAGUCAAUAUCAGAACUACUGGGAAUCGCAUCAGAUGCCGUUUUCCCCCUUUCUGAAACUGAAAAAACUGUUUACAUGCGCCAAAUACGGGAGUCAGAAACGACAAAGACUCCAUCAAACACUUCAAACGUUACGUACCGGGUCGUGAAAAUUAAACCUCAGUCUGUAGAUCCUCUUGUCGUAGCAACAGAAUGGUCUGACCCCAACUCGGAGACACCUCAACAAUCAUGUACCUUAGCAACAAGCAUGUCCCCAUACGUCACUGGGGUACCUUCCACUUCAUACAAAUCACAAGAAUCUCAUUCGGAAUCGAACUCUGUGCUUUUUGACAACACAGUAUUGAUGGAUCAAAAGCAUGCAGUAUCCACAUCAACUGUGUCGCUUACAAGUAGUAUUCUAAACGUACCAAAGGACACGGAGGAAAAUCCAUUGAGAUAUCAAAUCAUUCUGCAUCCAGCCAACAAUCAAAUACAACAGACAAUUGUUGAAAGUGAACCAGAAAUGGCAGUAAGCCAGAUUUUGUUUCAUGAUGAGAACGUUGUCGAGAUAUCAGAGAACAUGGAAUUUUCCGAUAUCAAUGCAAAUGCGUUAGGUCAUUCACAAUAAGUAGUCUAGAACUCCAUUUGCAAUUUAUGUUAUUGUUACAUGUGUUAGGCGUUUGUUUUAAAAUGUUGUUUAAGAUCGUUUCUAUUACAAGUGAUGAUAAAAUUUGUUUGAUUUAAAAAAAAAAAUUGUAUCUCAUGCUGCAAGUUAAAAAGACAUUGAUAAGUAUAUGAUUAAAGCACUUAACAUUUCAUAUGCUUCUA